CCUCUCUCGCCGCAUUCACAUAAUUAGGUUACUCGAGGAGAUUCAGAAACGGAUUGAAACGCCCUUACUUAGCCAGGCUAGCCACGCACUGACUUACUCAUCACAAAAUCGUUCCAUCCUAUCCUCAAUCGUUCUGCGAGUUCCGAUUCUACAGCCACACAUUAGUAGCACCAUCUCUCGAGCAGCAUUACCAGACUCGACGCUGCUCCCAUUCCUUUUCAAUCCGUCACUCAGCACCAAUUAGCCUAGAGGGUCAUUAUUAUUGAUUUAUUUUACCCAGAUCUGCUCCUAAUCUCCCAGGAAGCUUUCGGUCGCUCACUUCCACGUCACCAGGUUUCACAGGUUUUGUCUUGGCGAAGAAAGUAUACCCCUUGGCGAAGUUAGACCCAUUGGCGAAGAAAUUAGAUCCAUUGGCGAAGAUUUAGACCCGUUGGCGAAGAUGUGCAUUUCCAACACGCCAUUGUCGUCGGCAGGCCCAGCCCUCAACGAUCACGCACGCCGCGCCGUGGAGGAUCCACGUGGCUUCAUCACCGCACUGCAUGGCGGCUACAACGGCGCCUCUCCCGGCAGCUCCAUGCAUGGCGGCGCCAGCGGGAAAUCGGUAUUGUCGCACGUGCUGUCGCACACAACGUCGCACUCAACGUCGCCGCCGGAUCUAAGCCCGCAGAGCGACCCGCCGAGCCUCAGCGGAAGCAGGGACCGGCUUUUCCGGCGAUCCACAAGCGUCGCCAGUAGCUAUGCGGAAUCCGUCCCAGCACCUACUAACUCGUACGUCGCCUCUCACGCGCACAUCAGCGCCACUCCCGCUGCGGAACUCCAAGAGCUUCCGCACUUCACGCAGCCCUCGUCCGUUCGCUCGGAGCGGAGAGGCGGCGCGCUCAGCCAUUUUGACGGGAAAGCGGAGGCUCUUAGGCAUGAAGGAUAUGCCAGUCGACGGGAUUGGGGAUCCGGGUCACACAUUAGAAGCCGAGCCGCCGCUGCCGGCGCUGGCGGCGCUGCCGGUAGCAUGGUGGGGAGUAGGGGGGAUGAUUUCGCGGCGGUGGCGCGGCGCAACAACGAACGCGAAGGCGGAAGCGGAAGCGGAUCGCAUAGGGGGGUGGUUGGGUUUUUGAGGCGCGCUUCUUCCGCACAGGCUUCCCCCUCCCCGUGCGCCGGCUUGCGCGCGGACACUUGCGCGGAUGCGACCCUGGCGGAAGCGGGAACAGGAAACGCCCGAAGUUGCGCCAACGAGACAGCCGCUGGCGCGAGGUUCACGGAAAGAAAGGGCUACGGGGGUGGCAUCUGCGCGGACGACCUGGCGGAAGCGGCGGCGGUGGCCGCGGCAGAUCCGCGUGCGCUUGCGCCAUGGUCGUCGGUGUUUCUUGUAACGGUGGUGGCUAUGGUGGUGGUGCUGCUGCUGCCAGCGCUGCUGCCGCGCGUCGGGCCGCCGCCUGACGAGCUGCUUCUGCUGCCGGUGCUCGUGAUGAUCGUGGUGCUGAUGCUCGCGUGCAGGCCGACUAUAACGCGCUCCGCGAAUCCGGGACGUGCAGUCGUGUUCUGAGGUCUAUGGAAGGACCUGUCACCUGACAAAACGUAACUCCUGUGCUUUAAUUUCAACUUGUGUAUCUAGUCACGCAUCUGUGUAGUCACAUGUUCCUGUGGUGAGGUGACAUGUUCCCUUAGCAUUAUUAAUCCAUUGAUAAACCUGAU